AUAUCUCAUAUUCAUCAUCGCCAGUAGUUUUGUGGGGUCUUGUUUCAAAGAAGCAUUGAAUUCACAGAGUAAUGUUGUUGCUGAUAGAAAACAGUUCAACUGCGCAGAGUUCAGCUCAGUCGAGGUAGGAGCAAGGAGAGAGGGCAGAAAGCGGCGAGAUCGGUCGUGCUUUUAUUAUGUUCAAUUUGAUCAAUUAUUGCCAAUCCAACCGGUCGGACCCAUGGUGAAGAGAAAGAAGACGUCGUCUGCUACCGAUGAGCAUGAAAAUGGAAUGACACUGGGCUCCAGGGAGGGGAUCGGUGUCGAUGGGGGGAAGAAUUCGUCCAGAAAGCCUGAAGGUUGUGACGAGGAGGAGAGCGGAGAGCAGGGCAGCGAGGAGCGCAGUACAAAGGGAGACGGAGUGGAAAUUCUUAAUCCAUCAACCACGGGUCUCAGCCCCAGUCCGGCAGCGGUCCUUCCCACCUCCCUGCCGAACCAGGCCGGACCCGGAUCGACCCAGCAGCCCCAGACCCCCGCAGAAGCCGCCCCUCCGUGCCAUGACCAGCAUCAUUUUCUCCGAUCAAGCGUUCGACCUCCGAGCAAACGGAUCCGGAAGGAUUCAAUAGGCUCGACCAUCAAUGGACAUGGCGGGGCAAAAUCGAAAGGGGCAGAGAAUGGCUCUUCCUCCCAAGCGGCAGCGGGCCAGUCGGGCGCUGUGACCAGCUCCACUGUGUCGAAGGCGUCCCGGGGCCAUGGCCCUGCUGACAAGGAGGAGCAAGCUGGUAAUCAGAAGAGGGCACGUCGUCAGUGGGAGUCUUGGAGCGCUGAGGACAAAAACAGCUUCUUUGAGGGACUCUAUGAGCAUGGGAAGGACUUUGAGGCCAUUCAAAACAACAUUGCGAUGAAGUACAAGAAGAGGGGCAAGCCAGCCAACAUGGUGAAGAACAAGGAGCAAGUCCGCCAUUUCUACUACCGCACCUGGCACAAGAUCUCCAAAUACAUCGACUUUGCCAACGUGUACUCCCGAGCAAUGAAGAAAUCCUCCCAAGAACUGUACGGACUCAUCUGCUACGCCGAGCUCCGCAAAAAAGUUGGAGGACUAAUGGACGAUAAGAAUGUGGCAAAGCUCAAUGAACUCAUCCAGCAAGGGGCCACCACCGUGCGCUCCAAAGGCAGGAACCUGCGAAUCAAAGCACCCAUGUGCCGUGCGCUAAAGAAACUCUGUGACCCCGAUGUACCGCAGAGUUUGGUUGGACUGUUGCUGCAUGCAGGAAUGAGCGAUGAGGAGGACCAGAAGCCAGUGCGUCUCCCUCUGAAGGUGGCAGUGGAGCUCCAGCCGCGGAGUAACCACUCCUGGGCCCGUGUUCAGAGUCUGGCCCACAACCCCCGCCUGAGGAUGGUGGUGGAGCUCCACAGGAAAGUCUCCAGUCUCAUAGAGUAUCUAAAACAGAAGUGGGCCUUCCACGAUGAGCGGAUUAUGAAGAGUCUUCUGGAGAGAGAGGCUCUGGAGGGCAGCCAGUCAGGCACAGCCUCUCCCAACAAAGCCCAGCAGGAGGAGCUCUUCCUUUACCCUGCCGAGAGCAGCACCUUGACCACGCUGCCUGGUGUGGCACGUGUGGUCCACUCCAAGGCCUCCUGCACUGUGCACUGGCAAGAGAGUGGCAAGAGCCGGCCUGGGGCCAAGGAGCUGCCCGCUGCCCAGAUUCUGGGAAUCCACUCAGCUCCACCUCCGCGGGGUGGUGCCAAAUCUGGACGUGGCAGCACUGCUGCUGCCAGUGCCUCAGUGACUAUGUCGGGUGACACUCGUCGACCCGAGCCCUCUUUAUCUGACCCUCCGUUGGACAGUUCUACAAAAGCAGAGGAGAAGAAACUCUCGUCUUCGUCUGCGCCCUCUUCCUCUCAACAGAAUGUGACUCCCAGUGAGGAGGUGGGUGGCACUGGGCCGCUGGAAGAGGGCAAGACAUGUUCUGGCAUGGAGGCCACCGGAGUGGGGACCAAAAGCAAGGAGAGGCCAAGUAGUGGUGCAGAAAGUUCAUCAGAGCAGUGCAGAGAGGAGCCGAACUCCAGCACCUCCUCCCCAGAAGCCAACCGGACUCCUCCAGGCAAGCUGGCAGUGACUGGCUCAGAGGAGGCAGCACAACAGGGCAGCACCACCCUGGCAGCCAGAGAGCGGACUGUUGAACAGAUAAGGGAGGAGGGCUGGAACGCCCGUGGCACAGAAAAUGUCACCUUGGCUGAGCUCUACCUGAUGUUGGGGAAACCCAGCAAGCUGCAGCUGGAGUAUGAGUGGCAGCCCGCCGUACCGGUGAACUCCUCCCACGAUAAUGGACAAGGCCUGACACACCUCCAGCCUCGACCGCCGUCCAGCACACACCGUGUCCUGCGCUGCCUGCUCAGGCUGGUGGCCACCGAGGUCAACCCGAAACCUCUGGCUCCAGAGCUCUGCUCAACAGCCACAUCGCCAUUCAAGACCCCCCAGGAGGAGCAAACCCAGGCCCUCACUCCUCCAGGCAAGGCUCCCAUCCCGGGGGUCCGCAGCCCCAGCUGUGGCCGGCAGCCAGCCUCCGUCCGAGGGGCCAAACUACUCCUGCCAAACGCUGCAGCCUCAGGUGGACGUAACCUGCCUCGUUCCCUGCUGGGGCCGACAUCGGGCAGCGACUCUGAGGGCGGCGUCUUCGCAGUUCCCACCACGCUGCCGCCUAACAGCUCACGCCACUCGAGGAUGUUCUCCCCCAACAAAGAGGCUGAGCUUGCCUUAAGACAGCAGCUGGACUCUAUCAGUAUGCAGUCAGACCUUUUCCUCCCUAAACACAGGAAAUCUCGGAACAGGCAACUGCGGAAGCCACUUGUGGUUCAGCGAACUCUGCUCCCUCGCACUACUGGCGACACUCCACAGCACGUGUGCUCCUUCUCCAUCCUUUCCAACUCCUCGGCCACAGGAACUGGCUCUUUCCGGCCAAUCCAGACCCGCCUGGCUCCUUCCUCCCGCCCUCUCCUCUCCAAAGCUUCCCCUGCAGCCUCAGGCUCGUCAACAUCCAGCCAGCUCUCCAGUGCCAUUGACCUCGCAGCCAAGUCUGCAGGCAUCAUCCCAGGCAGUCCCCGUCAGGAGCUCGAACCCCCCAGUGUUGAUAACGACACGCUGCUCAGCCCUGCGCCCAUUGUAGAGUCCGAACCAGACGCCCAGCUCCUCCAGAACAGUGCCCAAGAGAAUGGUGUGCCUCCUCCCAGUCCCGGAGUGAGCGGGGGCGGCGACUCUCUGCUCUCCCCUCCCAGUGUAGCCUCCCUCCUGGACAUCUCUCUUCCUGGGCCGCCUGAAGAGGCUCUGGCCCCCGGAGAACACCAAACACACAUCAGUGACUCAAUCAUCGAGCUGGCCAUCAACUCUGCCCACUAUGGCGAGGAGGCGGCCCUGUCUCCGGCCAAACUGAGCAACAAUGACAGCUCCAAGCUGCUGGCCUCCUCCCCCCCAGUCAGCCCGUCCCGGGGCUGGAUCCCCUCACCCAGCCACGACCCCCAGUGGUACCCCAGCGACUCCACUGACUCCACACUGGGAUGCCUCCUGUCCAGCCUGGUCUCUCCUGAUAAGGGCAGGCGGACCACCCUCACCCCCUCCGGCCCCUCCAGUGGUACGGCCAUCCUCGGUCCCAGCCUCCUGGACUGCAACUCCCACGAUUCCUUUCAGUCUCGCGGCCUUCCAGAUGUGGCGGAAAUGGACACUCAGCUGGCCUGUAUGAUGAGUGAGAGCAGCGUGGACUACAUCGCUCGCUUCAAUGACCUGGCACAGGAGUUAUCUGUGACUGAGCCCUCCAUCCCCCCGCCCUGAGGUAGAGAGGACCUCCCCACCCCUCUCGUCCACCUCGUCCACAGUCGUCUGGACGACAUCAGUCACUGAGUGGUCUCUCUUUGCUGUCCAGACUGACUGAGCUGUCCCUCCUUUCUGGGAAGGAUCAAGGAUGUGGAGAAAGACCAGAACCCCCCCCCCGCCCCAAAGCCAUCCCCGACCUGUUUGUAAAAGUGCAAUAAUAACGGUGAACCUUGACCAUCGUCUCGAGUCACAUCGUUCAGAGCAAGUGAGAAAACGUGUUGGUUUCACUGAACUGUUCCUGUCGGUGAAAUGCCCUUUAAAAAGAAACACUUUAGAAAACAAAUAACGUUUACAAAACACAACCUCAUGUACAGGAAAAACCUACGCCAUAUCUGAACAAAAUAUUUUCACUGUCAGUCUCUUCUCGCAGUGUCUUUUGUCUGUUUGUCUUCUCUCUUAGAUCUGCUCCCUUAAUGUGUAAAUGCUCCAAAAUGUGCAGUUUAGACCCCAGCUGGUCUUUAAGCAGCCGGUGUCGGGGCUGUGAAAGUAACGGCAGCAAAAGUCGAGGUUGAAUGUCAUGAGAGAUUUCUCGUAGUUGUUUUUGCAGUUUAACCUGUAACUUUGGUUUCAAAAGUAGAAUGCAACAUAGCAGGAUGAGUGGAGGGAAAAUGCCUCGCUUCAUUUCACGUGCACUCGCUCACCACCAUUAUCAGUCCCUGUACUUUUGUCUGCACUUGAGCCUCAAGGGCGCGAGGGGAGCUGACCGUGACACGGAACACAUCCCAGAUAUGGAAAGAAGAAAGCCUGCCCUGCGUUUUGAGAAAUGUUACCAGUUAUAGUCGAGUGACAAUAAUGGCCACUUUUGGGCCGCUCCACUCUUAGUUGUCGAUCCCAUAGCUAUGAUUGUCUGCUGCAGUCAUUACCUUGCAUUAUGAGCUGUCUUCAUAUUGGAGCAAAGAGCUCAUAGUGUCCAUCACCAGCUCCAGGAGUUGUUCUGUGAACCCCUGUUUCCUUUGAAUUCUUCUGUCCAACCUUAGGGGUUUAAUGUAUGUUAACAUGAAUAUAACAUCCUUUAGACUUAAGGUGGCAUUGUGGUUAAAGUUAAUAACAAGUUGUAACAUAUUCUUAAGCAUUUCUUGUUCCAAAUACCCAGAGAGUUAACUUUGUUAGUAUUACAUGUUUAAGCUUAUAGCUACAUUUUUAAUUUUAAUCAAAUUUUUGACGGCUCAACACUCAACGUCUUAAGGGGAGGAAUGACCGCGUCGGCUAAAUGACAUUCCUCGUUAAAAUCCAGUCGUUAUUGCUAGCUGUAUCUGAGUUCACUAGUAGUUCUGGUGUGAUUAAAAAACAAAAAGCUGAAGAACAAAUAUAGAGUGCCUUACCCACAACAUGGGCAAGUGGCUGUUCAUUCUAAGAUUAAAAUUAAAAAUGUCUUUGUAUCUCUUUCUAAAUUUCUAGUGAUGUUUCACUCAUUCAAGCUCCACAGUCGGAAGAGAUCAUCAGCGGGAAACACAUGUAAUCAAGUCUAACACUAAAGCCAUGGUUGAACACUCCACUUGUUAAGUAAUGAGAAGGAUUCUUUUUUUUUUGUUGUUGUUGUUGUUGUUGUUUUUUUGUGAAGCAUACUUUGACCCCUAGUAAACCUCUGAUUGGUUGUACCUUGUGGGUGAAUUCCCCAUUGACUACUGUUGCUAACAAACAAACAGGACACUAUAGCUAUUGUCCAUACUAUUGGCUUCAAAAAUGCCAACUCAUCCCUUUACGCCUUUAAAGGUACUUUGUGCUGAAAUGCAGCCCCUCUCACCAUCUGAUUGCAUCCUUGUAGUGUGUUAUUGUUCACAGGGAAUACAGGCAAGAUGUAAAGUUAACGCUCAAAUGAUGCAAAUGUUUGAAUUUCAAUUAACCAGCACUGACGGUGUGUAACGUUGCAGUAUUGCAGUAAAACUUCUUGUCUCAGCAUCAUGCUUAUUUUCAUCUCUGCAAGUGUGCAGUUAGCCGGGGAGCUUUUAGUGUCAUUCCUUACGCCGCAUUUCACAUUAAAAGCAUCUGUCUCCUUCCAGCACCUUUGGGACUCUCAAAGAGUUAAUGUGACUACUCACCUGAAUGACUGUAUAAUGUAAAAUCUUUCGUGAUGAAUAUUCAGUGGAUAUUAAUUUCAGAAAGAUAACAUCUCAAAAGACUUCAUACUAGAUAACAAAAAGCAAUGAAGAUGGGUUUGAAAUAAAUAUAUAGCAGGUUUUGUCUUUGAUUCGGGCAUGCUUUGUUUUGUUUUUUUCUGUUGAAGGAUUUAUUUGUACAAUGACAAUUCCAGUAUUAACUGCGCUUUUGUAACAUAUUGUAAAUUGUUAUUUGGACUAUUUAUUGUUAACAUUUGCAGAGAGGUGUUUUCUGUUUAACUUAAUAUUAAGAUAACAUCUAAAAAGCAAAAACUGUUGUGUAAAGUUUUCAGUUUGUAAAAGGUGUUUUUAUUCUGUGUAUAAAGAUAGUUAUGAAAACAAA